AACGCGACAUCUAUAUUGCAGAAAAGAACCCCAAGUAUCAUCAACAAUGUCGUUGUAUGCAGACUCCACGGCAGCCCAAGUUGUCUUAACAGGUGUGUUCAGCCUGAUUGUCAUAGCUGAUAUUGUUGGCAACUCCAUGGUAAUACUUGUCCUUCUCUCYAACAAAUCCACCCGUACUCCAAUGAACUUCCUUCUUAUCAAUCUAGCAGUUGCUGACCUGAUGGUCGGUAUCUUCAUCGCACCAAGAUUCAUCUUCAUGAAUUUCUUCGUCCAUCCCGAUGGCACAAGUGGAACAUGGAUAUGCAAACUUUUUACCGGUGGGAACAUCUCCUGGACUGGUGGCGCAUGCUCAGUUUUUACUCUUGUCGCCAUUGCCUUUGAGCGAUAUUACGCUGUAAUGUUCCCUCACAGCGACAAAGGAAAGAUGACAGUAAGGAAACUCAGUAUGAUUGUAUUGUGUUGUUGGAUUGGAGCUAUAACCCUCAACAUCCCUCUCUACGCCACCAUUUAUUACGAGAAAACCAAGAACUUCUGCUUCGAGUAUUGGCCCAAUACUUGGCUUCCAGUUGCUUAUGCGUCCACUUGGUGGGCUGCUGCAGGAGUGAUUCCCAUCUUCUCCAUGACCGCCCUAUACUCAAGAGUCAUCUACAGGCUUUGGGGACACGGUGGCGACAGUUCAAGCAAUGUUACGCAGCAGGCUGUACUUAAGUACAGGAAAAAGGUGACGAAAAUGAUGCUGACAGUCAGCGUGAUCUACGUUAUUUGCUGGGUGCCGAUCCUUACUACUUACAUGCUAAGCUAUGCUCAUCCUAACUUCAACUAUGGUGAUGUCAUUCAUAUCAGCUCUAUGGUAUUGUCCACAUUGAAUUCAACCGUCAAUCCAAUCGUCUAUACAUUCCAGAACGAACGCUUUCGAAAGCUCUUGGUAGAGGCCUGCAGCARAACAAGUAACCGAGUGGAUGUUCAAUCAGGGUCUGGAGCAAGCAAUGCAAAGAAGCAUUCCCGGGCAAUAAAUGUUAAUGAAGGCUUCACAGGAAACACUGGGGAUGAAGAUGCGAGGAAACAACGAAACUCAUCGGGAAUAAAUUUGGGCCAGGUAAGUGAAAUCGGGAAGACAUACAGCACCUCUUUUAGGCUGUAAUGGAUGGAUAAUCUGCCAAAUGUAUAUCGUUUUGAACAUUAGUAUUCUGUGCUAGAGUUUCCAUGCAAUUAUACUCGAGAAAACUAAAAUAUGAUUUAUUAAUAAUAGAUAGUAUCUUGUAGCAUUCUACCUAUUGUAGGAAACAAUAUCUUUGCUGAUUGUAGAAACCGAUUUAUUUUAGAUCUUAUUCAWAAAGGAUAAUCAUGUUUUCAGUCUAUCAAAUACCAGACAUAACAUAAUAUAAUUCGCCAUUCAGUCGUCCUUCUGCGGUAUUGUCACAUUUUAUAAUGCAUUAAAGUUCUAUGCACGAGUGAAUUGCUAACGACAUUUAAGAAAAUUUAGAAUAGCACCUUUGUUGAAUGUAAGGAAUGUACCUGCAAAACCUAGUAUCCAACAUUAAAUUUGAUCUGAACUUUGAAAAUAUUCUGCUUUCACCAUUUCCAUGCAUCUUCAAACAUAAAGCAGUCAAUCGAGGCUGUAAGGUAGUUUCAAAGGUUUAUUCAAAUUUGAGGCUUUCCCCUCGUCUGAAUGUUUUGUGCCGGUUUGACUUUAGUCUCCCCCGCAGCCGUUCUUAGUGUCGUCACGAGAUGAAAUGUGGUGAACUACGGAGCAUUCACAGGCUUGUUGUAAAUAAUCAUAUGCCUAUCAUUAGUCUUAGACAAGAGAAUAUGAACUAAGAGAAGGAAUCUCCGCGCCCCAUCAUGAGCACUCUUUGAUGCUAUUAUUUCUAGAAUUAUUUUGAUUUGGUCGUUUGUUUGUGUGCACGCGCAUAAUGUGCAAACAGCGUGCACAAAAACAAACGAUGGCAAAUGUGUUUCUUAAAGUACUAUCAAACGGUGCCUAUGAUGGUUUCAAGCAUGAAUACCAGAGAUUCCGUCUCUUAGGUUAUUUUCUAUUGUCUUAGAUUAAACAAACAAAAUUAUURUAUUAUAUAUAGAUAUGUCAUAAAAGUUCUGUAAUAAAAUAAUAUAAACAAUAUUAGUUAUUGUGCAAUAAUGGAAAUAGAUUGCUUAGGGAAUGGUUUAUAGGCCAAUAGCCAAAGGAUAUACAUCUUAGCCCAACCAAAAUGUAAUUAAGCAGGCAAAGUAAAAUAAAUGUUUAAAGAACGA